CCCCCCCCCAAAGAAAAAGAAUAGGCCACUUUAAAUGUUUCUGGGAGUCAAAUUCCUGUGAAAAAUUGUACUUCGGAUAAAUGUCACUCCUGCACGUACACACAGAGAGUUUCUCACUCGCGUACCGUCUAUUAAAAUGUCAAAAAAGCAGAUUUGUGAGCAUGACGGCGUUUCUGUUGACUGAGUGGGAAAAGCUGCACUUGGUUUCCUGCUCAUUACUUUCCCUCACUGUACUUUAUCACCAGUUAUUUUACAUUUCAGAGAACAUGAACCCCUCGCUGCCGCUCACUCACCACGCACUUUUAUUCAAACAUUGGAGAACGGAUUUUCCUGCCUCUGCUGAUGACAGCAAUGGCUGAUGGGACAUGAAGUUCAACACAUUGGGAUCAACACAUCACUCCGCCGUGAAGGUGCAACAAUGUCCACUUGGAGCCACUGAUUAACAAGAGUAGAAUUUUGGUGGUCAAAGGUCACUGUGACUUCACAAAACACACAAUUUUGGCCAUAACUCAAGAAGUCAUAUGCUAAUUAUAACAACUUCACACUACUGAUGUGAAAUUUGAAUAAAUUCCCUCAAGGCGUUCCUGAGAUAAUGCAUUCAGAAUAUCAUUUGGUUGAUAUCGUGCAAAGACAAAUUUCAUCAGCUCACCGGGAAGGCCGAUCAGUUAUUGUUUGGAGGUGCUGUAGUGGUAGAGCUGGUACUUUACGACGGUGUGUGCACUGCCACUAAACCUGUGGCUUAUUGGUAUAAAACUAUAUAUGUUUUGUGUCUAUUCCUGUUGCCAGAAUAGUCUGUUUGUGAGAAAGCCUUUCUAAAGUAAGCAUAUAACUUUGUCUUUGAAGAGGAAAUAAGAAAUGUAUCCCCGGUCUCUGGUCGGUUGAUUAGGUGAUUUUCUUGAGGGUCUCAGCAUAUGCCAUCUUCUCUCACACGGAGCCUAUGAAGUUAAUCCUCAGAGCUUUCUGUAUUUCAUGAUGCAUUUCAUUUUUCCCCUUCCAGCCAAGUGUGCUUUGUCUACUCAGCCUCACUCCCCAAGAGAUUGAAGUCACCUCUUCUGUGCACAACAUUGACUGCUCCCUUGUAGCCUCAGAUUUUCCUCAGUUCUUUGAUUUUUCCCUGGUUAAAUUGGCCUCUUUUAUCAGGCUCUCAAAAUAGCACUUGUGAAUAAAAGUCGCACUCUGAGCGAUGAGCGUAAGCACGGCUCACAGUUCGUGAAGGAAGCGUGGCAGUAAACAAAUCAACAUGAUUUGUGCAAUGAAACGGCAUAGUGUCGUCCGUUCUUUUAACCACAAAAUAGGCUGUAAUGGUCCGUAAGUAAAAGAAAUGGCAAACUAAAUAAAAAGCAGAAUUCUGAAAUUCGAUAAACGGCACGGGAUCAAAAGCUAGGCAAUAAUCCAUCUUGCAAAGUGGCUGUUUUAAUUCUAGAUGUAUACAUCGGUGCACCAGAUCAUCGCUAUCAAAGGUGCUGUGGCAGCACAUUAGCGUGCUUUCAAAAACUUCAUAAGUGUAAAAAUGUGUAAAAUGCAGAACCUACAAAUGGAGACGUGGACCAAAAGGCUUAAUUCCUCCACAUGACAAGCCCACACAUCUCUACCGCGUAGGACCAACCCGUCUCGCUCUGCCCGACUGCUGUCUGUGGACCAGAAGAACAGGCCUGGGAUUUGCAACGUCCGUCUGUGUUCAACACUGAGCAAAGGAGGACAGACACAAAGGAGGGAUUGAGGGACACAGAUGCUAAACAGCGAGAGAGAGAGAGAGAAACGACAAGAUGGUCGAUACAAUGUUGUGGCUCUUUAAAGUCCGGCUGGUUGUGGGAGACAGUAACACUUCUGUCAGUGUGAGGAGGAGGGCCAGGCGACCAAAACAUUAGCAAUGCAGCUCGUAGAGAGAGAGAGAGAUCAUGUGAGGAGCACUGGGGAGGUCGGAGACGGAGAGGACAAGGGAAGAAGGGAUGAUACUUGUUGGGACAGUUGCAAGCCUUAGACUGAGAGGAGAACACGGAGAGAAAAGUUUAAACAUCUGAAAUAGAGAGAGAGUGCAUCAUCAUGUCUGCAACGAUCUGCUUUGCUCUUAUCCUUUCCUGUGACUCAAGAAUCUCCUAAAAGUAAAAUUUGAGGGAGAAGACGAAACAGCGGUGAGAGAGACGGCAGUGGAAGGUUGUAGGACACUGUAGAAGAACGACACUCACAAGAGAUGAAAGUCUGGGGGAAAGGAGCUAAAUCGAGUGAGGUUUGAGUCUCUAAUCAAACAGCAAAGAGGUCCUUUCAUCGUGGAAGGAUGGGUACCUGCUGCAGCCGCGACCCCACGCGGGAGGCCGGCCAUGAGCUGGUGGCGAUCAAGCGCCACGCGGCCUGGCCCUCGACGGCCAAGGUGGUCACUAACGCUGACGAUCACGAAUUCUCCACGUGGGAUCUGACGUGUGACUCGAGUCACAACCAGAGCACCACGGCGUUUCGCCAUCCUGUGAGCGGGCAGAUUUCUGCAGAGAACAUGGAUUUUAUCCUGCAAGAACAGCCGCAGGGUGCUUCCAUGAUGUCCAAACCCGCGGGUGAGCAGCUCUCUAGCACCACCAUCAGUGAGGCCUCCACUGCCGUCACCUCCUCCACUGUGGACACCACCUCCAAGGGCUCCCGGUCCGGUGGGAAGGUGCACAACUUUGGGAAGAGAGAGCAGGCCAUUAAAAGGAAUCCCAACGUUCCUGUGGUGGUACGAGGAUGGCUGUACAAACAGGACAGCUCUGGGAUGCGUCUUUGGAAGAGGAAGUGGUUCGUCUUGGCUGAUUUCUGUCUGUUCUACUACAAAGACAGCAGAGAGGAAUCGGUCCUUGGCAGUAUUCCUCUGCCCAGCUAUAUCAUUUCACCCGUGGGACCUGAGGACCACAUCAGCCGCAAGUAUGCCUUCAAGGCCAGCCACACUGGUAUGCGCUCGUACAUUUACAAGCAGAGCUCUGUGAUUGGCUCGCAGGCGGAGCACACCGGGAUGCGGACGUAUUACUUCAGCGCCGACACCCAGGAGGACAUGAACACCUGGCUGAGGGCCAUGAACCAGGCCACACUGAUGCAGAACCAGACCAACACACUCAUCAGACCAUUCGACAAGUUCGAGACGUUUAACUUGUUGCAGCAGCAGGCUGUCCCGCAGAUGAACCACGUGAACCACCACAGGUCCCCAGACUCUGACCCCAUGAGACCCAUCGUCCACGAGGUCCUCCUGGAGCCCAUACACCGCGACGCCGACGAGCGCUGCAGCUGCCACAAGGACUCUCCGGCGACCACCGUGUUGGAGCACCCCACAGGAAGCACUGCCCUGGAAAUGGACACACACACCUCCCUCCCCUCCAACCCCGCACCCUCGGCCCUCCCGCAGUUUGACAACGUGUCGGCCUCGGCCCCCGUGUCCCGGGCACCGUCACGAUCCGCCUCCACGCUGCCCUCCAGCGUCUGCACGAGGAACGGCCUCGUGUCUACGCCCAGCCCCAUCCUGGAGCCCAACGGGAUCGCAGCGGGAACGUACCAGAGGGCCCCGGUGGAGACGCCCCCUGCCGACACUCACAAGCAGGUGCACAGGAGAAGCACUCUGGAGCAGGUGGAGCAGUGGGUCAAAGUGCAGAAGGCGGAGCACAAAGGCCCCCCGUCCAGAGAGAACACCCUCCCUCGUCGCACACCUCCAACCCAGCACAAGUUCACCUCCAUGGACGCAUAUCAGACCCUGCCAAAGACCCCUCGCCAGAGCCCCACGCCCGCCCGACUUGGCGAGUACAAGUACGCCCAGGACCGCCUCAGCCACUUCCGCCUCACCCCCGACCCAGGGCCCAGCACCGUCUGGCAGCUGUACGAGUGGCAGCAGCGCCACCAGUUCCGUCACGGCAGCCCCACGGCGCCGCUCUACACUCCGGCCCCGGACUACCCAUUCGGCCCCCGGCCCCCAUCCACCGUGCCUCCCUCCUCCUCAGCACCCAGGUCCGAGGGGGCGCCCCGCUGUGUGUCGGUGCCACCGUCGUCUGCAGACAUCCCUCCCCCGGGGCCCCCACCCGGCAGCAGCAGGACCCUGUCGCCCACACGGAGGCCGCACACGCCGGCUGGACGGGUGACUGUCAGGCCCGUGGGUGAUCGGUCAGUGUUGGACAUCCCCUUCUCUGUGUCCCCCCGCAGGACCAAAUCUCAGCUGCUCAAGGCUGCUACUAUCGAGAGACGGUCAAUGCCUUCAUCCGGCUACAUCACACACACAGUCAGUGCACCCAGCCUUCACGGCAAAACGCCCGAGGAGCUCACCCUGCUCCUCAUUCAGCUGCGCCGGCAUCAGGCCAAGAUGGCCUCCGCACGUCAGCACGCGUUCUCCCAGCUCCAGCGGCGCAGCGGCCCCAAAGAGGCCUACCACCACAACCACUUCCUCACCACCUCCACUAGCACCAGCCCCCUCCUCAGCUCCGGCCCCCUCCUCAGCUCCGGCCCCCUCCUCAGCUCCGGCCCCCUCCUCAGCUCCGGCCCCCUCCUCACCUCCGGCCCCUCUCCUGUGUCCCACCUCGGACAUGUGAGCCUCUCAGCUGCCCUGGGCUCUUGCAACACCCAGAGCGAUGACACCUACAUGCAGCUGAAGAAGGACUUGGAGUAUCUGGACCUAAAGAUCAGAGCUCUAGAGCCCCUGAUCCUCGCAGUUCACAGUUUACUACUGCACUGCACUGCUGGGCCUCUCAGGCCUCUGAUGAACGUAGCUGGAAGUCAGACGCUGAAGGAGUCAGGGAAACCUGUCAAGGUUGCAGAAAGUGACGUGGAUGUGAAGUUAAGUCGGUUGUGUGAGCAGGACAAGAUCCUCAAGGACCUGGAGGCGAGGAUCAGCUCCCUGAAGGAGGACAAGGACAAACUGGAGAGUGUACUGAAUGUGUCCCACCAGCAGAUGGAGCAGUACCAGGAGCAGCCGGCCCACGCCCACAAGAUCGCCUACCAGCAGAGGCUGCUGCAGGAAGAUCUGGUGUCCAUCCGGGCCCAAAUAUCACGCCUCUCCACGGAGAUGGCUCACGCCUGGGAUGACUACAGUAUGCUGGAGAGAUCAGUGGAGCAGCUGAGGACUGCGCUGCAGGCACACAUGAACCACAGCGCCACCCCUCAGCAAGAGAAAGCUGAGAUGAAGCGUGAGCUGUGGAGGAUCGAGGACGUGAUGGGGGGACUGUGUGCCAGCAAAUCCAACUACAAGAUCACCAUUGACUCGGUCCAGAACCCAGAGAGGAAACUAGUGCCUUCGGUGUCGGACCCGGCCGUGCCUUCCUUCAGCACAGAGGUCCAGCCGCCGCCUCGCAGCUCCAUCCCCAGCGUCCUCUCCCACACUUUGCCUCACAGAACCGUGCCAAAGUGGGCGGAGGACACUGCCCCCCCGAGGCCACCGCUGCCUCGCCUCUACGACUACGAGGACACGCCGCCUGUGGUGCCGCCUCUCCCCAAAGAGGCCUCGGUCAUCCGCCACACGUCGGUGCGUGGGCUGAAACGCCAGUCGGACGAGAGGAAGCGGGAUAGGGAGAGCGGGCAGUAUGUUGCCAAUGGAGACUGUAAGGCGGACUUGCGGUCAUACGUGAGUGAACCAGAGCUGCCAGGUCUGAGCCACCAGAGCGCCGCGUCUGACCCUGACUACCAGUAUUUCCAGGACAAAGGUCUGUCCAGCUGCUCAUUUCGACUGAACCAGUCCAACUCCAUCGCGUCCUACGUCACCCUGAGGAGAGGCCCAGGCAGCUCCGCAGCCAGGGAGAGACCCAAGAGUGCCUUGGAGCGUCUGUCGUCGCCCACAGAAGCCCCGCAGCUCCCGAGCGGCCAGCCGCGGGGGCGAAUGACCGCGGAGGAGCAGCUGGAGCGGAUGAAGCGCCACCAGAGGGCGCUGGUUCGCGAGCGCAAGAGGAACCUCAGCCAGGGCGAGCGCUCCUGCGCGGGCCUCUCGGCCUCCUCCACCGCCGGCACCCAGCGCUCCUCCUCCUCCUCCAGGCUGCCCUCCAGCACCUCCGACCCUCCGGCCUCCGUGUUUGAUUGGCAGGAGGAGCGACUCGCUGCCGAGGGUCAGAGCGAUGAAGGGUGGAAUCGAGGGAAAGAGAGAGGAAGGAUCCAGUCGGAUGAGUGGAUAGUGGCGACGGCCACACGCAUACGAGAGGUGGAUGUGGAGCCUCUCGACUACGACCUGGAUAUCAGCCGGGAGCUGUCCAGACCGCAGAAAGUUCCCAUCCCAGAGCGCUACGUAGAGUCUGACCCCGAUGAGCCUCUGAGUCCAGAGGAGCUGGAGGAGCGCUCCCGCCGGGCCGAGCGCAUCAAGAACCUCUUGGCCAAAUCCAGCUUCCAGAACAUACAGCCGUCUGCACCGCUGGACUUCAGCGAGCUGGACUCGGCUCUGCAGCAGCAGGAGAGGAUCAUGAACGUGUCCCACGCACUGGCCUCCGAGGCCUCGCGCAAGAGCAAACUGGUGGCAGCCAAAGCUGCUGCAGAGCACUGAGCCACAGGAACGACCGACACAACCAGGCAGAAGAAAAGGGAACUAAUCAUUGUACUAACUGUUUGACUUGUAACACAUCUAUGUAUGAGUGAGCACAAUAGAAUCAAUUCUUGCUAAAGCGCAAUAAUAAUUUAUAACACGAGUGAACUGCUUUUUUUUAAAUCUGCAAUUAGCUGUUUUGUAGUUUUUAUGAGUGAUAAGAAAGCCAAUGCCAAAAUGCUCCAACUACAGUAGGAAUGCUUUGACAUGAAUCUGUUAUUUAUUACAUUGUUUGGCUUAUUCAACUUCUACUGUACAUUUUCUAAAUAACAAUGAUCAUGGUCCUAUCAAUCAACUAAAAUGCAUUAGAAUAUAAUAUGAAUUAAAACAAGUUAAUUAUUUGG